AGAAAAGGCACUAAAUUAAGCACAGAGUCCAAAUCCAUUUUAGAAAAUUGGAUCAAAGAUCACAUUUCUCAUCCUUAUCCAACAAAUGAAGAAAAAGAAGACCUACAAAAAGUAACUGGAUUAACACCAAAUCAAAUUUCAAACUGGUUUAUAAAUACACGUAGAAGA